AUGUCGACCGAAAUCAAGCACGCCAGGUUUCCGAAGGACGCACAGGCACGUCGGGUGAGUGCCCACUCCUUCAGUUUUUUCCUCGUUCUAAGGGCAGUUCCCAUCAACGUCGAUAACUGUGUAGAAGAUUCGUUGAAGUGA